CUUUUAAUUAUGUAAAAUAUGGCAUUUAUGACUAUUCAAUCUGAUUCAACAUUUUCCUUGUCAACAAAUUAAUUAGGCAACUAGAUUGGUAAAUGUAGACAACAGUUAAGAGUUAUCAAAUUCCGCUUAGCUAAUCCGGAAUCAGUUCGACAUCGUCGCGACAUGUUCGAUAAGGCAAAACCCUAAACACAAUUCGAGCUAUAAAUAUAAACGGCCCAAUAUAUUGAGCUAUCUAUCAGAAAGGGGUUUGGGGUUUGGCUACCUUAUCAGGCUCUAUUGCCACUUAUUGGGGCUGCUAUUAUCAAUAUACAUCAAGUAAUCAAAGCAAAUGGUAUUUAAAUAACAAUAAUCGACGCACCAGCUGCUGAAACCAAUCCACAGUGCAGCGAACGGGGGCCAGCUGAAGAGCGAGCUGGGAGCGGACGAUGAAUAAUCUACUGCAGGAUAUACAAAACAAAUACUCAUUUCUGGAUAAUCUAUUCAGUCACGUAUGGAAAUGCAUUAUUCGAUCGAAUUUAAAGCUCAAGCUCCAACUGCGGAAUAUUCAAUGGAAGAAUGCAAAAGCCAAGCCCGGCUGUGCCUACCAACCCACAGAAAUCGAACAGGUGGCCAAUGUUAUAACCCAUGGUAUUUGGAUAGUUCCCGCCGUGUUCGCAGUCAUCAAGCUCUUUGAGCGAUCCAAUAGCUAUAGCCAAUAUCUAGUCUCAUGGGUCUAUGGCACCGCACUCUGCAUGCUGUUCACAGUUUCCACAUUUUUUCACUGUUCGUGCUACUGUGCCGAACACAAACCACCUAAAAAUUAUGACGCUUGGCCCACAUUCGGCUGGCAAACGACGUACCAGAGUCUGAAGAAUGUCUUGCAUCGCUGCGAUCGGGCCAUGAUCUAUGUGUUUAUUGCCGGCUCGUAUUUUCCCUGGCUGACGCUGGAGAACACCGACCAUUCAGCGAUACUCUUCUGCAUGGAAUGGAUUAUUUGGCUAAUGGCUGCUAUUGGGAUUGCCUACCAACAACUCUAUCACGAACGCUACAAAUGUUUGGAGACAUUCUUUUAUAUUGUUAUGGGUCUGGGUCCGGCGCUCGUUGUCAUGUUUACGGGGCAUCACUUUAAUGGCAUGUUGCAGCUCAAGUGCGGCGGCGCCUUCUAUAUACUGGGCAUUGUUUUUUUUAAGGCAGAUGGUCUGAUUCCUAUGGCGCACGCUAUUUGGCAUCUGUUUGUGGUGCUCGCCGCCGGCUGUCAUUAUUAUGCGAUUUUAGUUAACCUUUAUCCAAAUGACUCCAAUCAUUUACAAACUAGUAGCUAAGUCAAUGCUAGGUAUGGGGACAGCUUACGACUCCAAGAACCUUAUCGUUGAAUGUACUUAACUAACUGACCAACGGAUCCAUUAAUGGUAGAUGGUGGUCCACACAAACUCCAUUUGAUUAUGAAUUUUUUGGUUUUUCGGUUUUUUUGUUUUUGCUUGUGUUAAAUUUUGUGACGACCAGAAUGUAUUCCUUCCUAUCUACCACCCAUAUAAGUUACUUCUCCAAAAUUAGCCAAAUUUUGUACAAAGUUUAUAGUAUUUUAAUUAAUUUUUUUCAAAUGACAUGAGUUGAGUUUUUCAAUCGGAUUUAUAUACAAUAGCUCUAGUUGUAGUUGUAGUAAGUUAUAAAAUUUGUUAGAAUAAGGUAACGGAUUCUGAAAAUUUUCGAUAAAGAAAACGUAUCUUGUGAUCAACAUCUGCGGUCUUGCCAAAGAUUCGAGUGGAAAUUAUUAAUUCUCAAAUCGUAAAUAAUAUAUGAGCAUAAUUAUUUGCCGCAUUCAUAUAUAUACAU